AGAAAGUAGGUCAGGGACGGAGGUGCCUGUUUACCCGCGCCGGACUCACCGCCGCCGCCGCCGCGGGAUCCGAGUGGGGGCGCGGACGCGGGCACUCCCGCGAGCCACGGUGGUGCUGGCUAGAGUGCACGCAUUUGGACCCAAGCUUAACUUUUCAAAUGUGGAAUCUUAGGCCUUCACUGGUUUCUGGAAGAAGUUGACUGCCUGAAAGGAAACUACAAACCAUGAAAAUCGCUUUGAGGUGACCAAUAAGCCCAGUGGACCCUUGCUCCUCCUGAGGUGGAUCUGAGCUUUAAGAACUGUAACUUCAGAUGAAGAAACUUGAGCCCAGGGAGAGGGAGUGAGCGCCCUGGUCACGUGGUCUGGAGCUCGGCCCGUCUGCGGGCAGUGCACGGCCCUCUUCAACUUGGUUUGGACUUGGAGUCCCUUGCAAGCUGGCUGGGUGAGAGCUGUCAGUGUGAUAAACAAGCACCCGACCCUCCGCAAGACCACCCUGGCCACCACCACGUUAGAAGAGCACGUGGCAACAAAUGCACCUUUGUGCCUCCUUGUGCUAGGUCCAGACCUCCGAUGGCCGACCAGAGAAUGGACAUUUCUUCAACAAUCAGUGACUUCAUGUCCCCGGGCACCACCGACCUCCUCUCCAGCCCCCUGGGCCCCAGCGGCACGGAUUGCAACCGCAAGCGGAAAGGCAGCUCCACCGACUACCAACUUGAUGACUUUUCUUUUGAAGAAAGCAUGGACACGGACAAAGAUGACCCUCAUGGAAGGUUAGAAUACACAGAGCACCAAGGAAGGAUCAAAAAUGCAAGGGAAGCUCACAGCCAGAUUGAAAAGAGGCGUCGGGAUAAAAUGAACAGUUUCAUUGACGAAUUGGCGUCUCUGGUACCUACGUGCAAUGCCAUGUCCAGGAAAUUAGACAAGCUCACUGUGCUAAGGAUGGCUGUUCAGCACAUGAAAACAUUACGAGGUGCCACCAAUCCAUACACAGAAGCAAACUACAAACCAACUUUUCUGUCAGAUGAUGAAUUGAAACACCUCAUUCUCAGGGCAGCAGAUGGAUUUUUGUUUGUCGUAGGAUGUGACCGAGGGAAGAUACUCUUUGUCUCAGAGUCUGUCUUCAAGAUCCUCAACUACAGCCAGAAUGAUCUGAUCGGUCAGAGUUUGUUUGACUACUUGCACCCUAAAGAUAUCGCCAAAGUGAAGGAGCAGCUCUCCUCCUCAGACACAGCACCCCGGGAGCGGCUCAUAGAUGCAAAAACUGGACUUCCAGUUAAAACAGAUAUAACCCCCGGGCCAUCUCGAUUAUGUUCUGGAGCACGGCGUUCUUUCUUCUGUAGGAUGAAGUGCAACAGGCCUUCAGUAAAGGUCGAAGACAAGGAUUUCCCCUCUACCUGCUCAAAGAAAAAAGCAGAUCGAAAGAGCUUCUGCACCAUCCACAGCACAGGGUAUCUGAAGAGCUGGCCGCCCACAAAGAUGGGGCUGGACGAAGACAGUGAGCCAGAUAACGAGGGCUGUAAUCUCAGCUGCCUUGUCGCAAUCGGACGACUACAUUCUCACGUGGUUCCACAGCCAGUGAACGGGGAAAUCAGGGUGAAGUCUAUGGAAUAUGUGUCUCGGCAUGCAAUAGACGGGAAGUUUGUUUUUGUAGACCAGCGGGCAACAGCUAUUUUGGCAUAUUUACCACAAGAACUUCUAGGCACAUCAUGUUAUGAAUAUUUUCACCAAGAUGACAUAGGACAUCUUGCAGAAUGUCAUAGGCAAGUUUUACAGACGAGAGAAAAGAUCACGACUAAUUGCUAUAAGUUUAAAAUCAAAGAUGGUUCUUUCAUCACACUGCGGAGUCGAUGGUUCAGUUUCAUGAACCCUUGGACCAAGGAAGUAGAAUACAUCGUCUCAACCAACACUGUUGUUUUAGCCAACGUCCUGGAAGGCGGGGACCCAACCUUCCCACAGCUCACAGCGUCCCCCCACAGCAUGGACAGCAUGCUGCCCUCUGGAGAAGGUGGCCCGAAGAGGACCCACCCCACUGUUCCAGGGAUUCCAGGGGGAACCAGGGCUGGGGCAGGCAAAAUCGGUCGAAUGAUUGCUGAAGAAAUCAUGGAGAUCCACAGAAUAAGAGGGUCAUCGCCUUCCAGUUGUGGCUCCAGCCCAUUAAAUAUCACAAGUACACCUCCUCCUGAUGCCUCUUCUCCAGGAGGCAAGAAGGUUUUAAAUGGAGGGACUCCAGACAUUCCUUCCAGUGGCCUACUACCAGGGCAGGCUCAGGAAAACCCAGGUUAUCCAUAUUCUGAUAGUUCUUCUAUUCUCGGUGAGAACCCUCACAUAGGCAUAGACAUGAUAGAAAACGACCAAGGCUCAAGCAGUCCCAGCAAUGAUGAAGCAGCAAUGGCCGUCAUAAUGAGUCUCUUGGAAGCCGAUGCUGGGCUGGGAGGUCCUGUUGACUUUAGUGACUUGCCAUGGCCGCUGUAAACACUACAUGUUGCUUUGGCAACAGCUACAGUAUCAAAGUGCAUUACUGGUGGAGUUUUACAGUCUGUGAAGCUUACUGGAUAAGGAGAGAACAGUUUUUAUGUACUGUCCUCAUAAAAGCCACCUCAGAGCCAUUGAUACAAGUCAAUCUUACCAUGUGUAACUCAGACAAAGUGGAACUAAGCCUGCUCCAGUGUUUCCUCAUCAUUGAUUAUUGGGCUAGCUGUGGAUAGCUUGCAUUAAUUGUAUAUUUUGGAUUCUG